AUGGAGGCUGUAUUAUCAUCUUCAUCCUCAUCGACGCUUGAAUGGCCAGGCAGGUUCGUGUUUGAUCCACUAGACGAAGUGCUAGUGGUUCACUAUCUUCAUCCCAAGGCCACGGAAAUUUCCUACUGUAAAUGCCUUGAAGUAAUCCCAGAACGCGAUCUUUACGGCACUGAAGAACCAUGGCAGAUUUGGGAGAAGAUGGAAGAAGCUAAAAACUGUAUACGGAACAAAGAAGAGAUGUUCUUCUUCACAAGAUUGAAGAGGGUCUCUUCCAAGUCCAACCGUCGUUGCAAGAGAAGCAUCGGCAAAGGUUGUUGGAAAGUGUCCAAAUCACGACGAAUGCUAGAAACAUUCGAAGCAGAAGAUGGGGGAGCAUCAGCCACUACCGAAGGAGUAAUGGUUUCACCCUAUAUCCAACUCUUCACCUGA